AUGGCCACGCAGACGCAAACCGUUGCGGCAGCCGAGGUCAAACGAACCUUCGCCACCCAGUUCGAAACCAAAGACCUAGUCACCUUUGACAGUAACAAGCACUAUGGAGACUGGAGAGACGAGUUCCAUCAAAACGGCUGUGUCGUAAUCAAGAACGUAAUCAGCAAGGAACGCGCCCAAUACUACUGCGACAAGCAGAUCGAGUGGCUCAAGAAGUUUGACCUUGGGUUUGAUGAGAACGACUCAUCCACAUGGACCGCUGACCAUCUUCCCGUCAGCUUCAAGGGAGGCUUUAGAAUGUACUCCGCAUACGGUGCACCCCAUGAGAAUAUGGCAUGGGAAGCUCGGUUGGAACCGAAGAUAAUCGACGCAUUUGAGAAACUCUGGGAGACUAGCGAACUCAUCACCUCAUUUGAUGGCUUGAACGUCUCCCUGCCAAACCGUAAAGACAUCACAUGGAGCCCUUGGCCACACUGCGAUCAGAACCCUGAAAGAAAAGGCAUGCAGGCUGUCCAAGGACUCCUGAACUUCGCUCCCAACGGUCCUAAAGAUGGCGGCCUAAUGCUUAUGCGUGGCUCUGCGAAGCUUUUCGACGAGUUCUUCGCCCACAAGCGCGAGUCCGCUGACCACGAGGACGCACCUCCGCCUGAGAUCAAAUUCAUGGAUCUGUUUCUCUUCAGCAAGAAGGAUGUGAAAUGGUUUGAGAGUAAAGGCUGUGAGCUGUUCAAGGUGAACAUGGAGCCUGGCGACUUUGUCCUCUGGGACUCGCGCACCAUGCACUACGCCCGCUUUCCCGAGGGCGACCAGAUUAGACACGUUCAGUAUAUCUGCAUGACACCACGAAAAUUUGCCACGGAAGAGGCUUUGGAGGCCAAGAAAUUCUGUUUUGAGAACUGGUUUGGGACGACACACUGGCCUCACUGUAACAUCCGCCCUUCACAAGAUCCUCCCAAGAGGAACGGAGAGGUGUGCCCCAAAUAUCGCAAGGAGCCAUUCGAGAAGCCUGAAAUUACGGACAAACUGCUUCAGUUGGCCGGGGUGAACCCAUACUGA